CCAUUCAGUGGAUCUGGAUUCAGAUAAAGAAGUGGAGGCAAUAGUUUCGGGGAUCGGUGAGUAUCAAUUUGAGAGUUUAAAAAUCUUUUAUUACCACAAGUCUCGACUUAAGGGAAAGACAUUUUUUUUUAAAAGUUGAUUUGUUAAUUUAUCGUAAUACUUGAAAUAUAAUGUAGCAAUAUUUAUCCAGCUUUGUUUUUUUCUUUACAUGACUAUGCAAAAAUUGACAGCACCAAGCUCAACAGUCAAUUUUUGUUUUCAUAUAUUUUGAAAAGUGAAACUAUCUAAAAUACAAGCGCUGUAGGGUGAUUUUUGAAAAAGCUUAGAAUAAAAGGCAAAUUAGUUAAAAUACAAAGAGUGUUAAAUCUUUUCAGCCAUAAUCAUGUACUGCUCCACAUGUUUAUAAAGGAUUAUUGGUUCCCAUGAUUGACCAACCUUGUGUGUGUACUGCAAGUAUUGCAAUUAUGGUGCCACUCAGUGUAAUGACCAAAAAAAAUGUUCAAAAUUUUCAAGGCCCAUCCCCUUCAUUUUGUUCCUUUUUUUAUGCAUAGCAACUAUGCCAAGUUUCAUGGAGAUAUGCAUAGCAACUAUGCCAAGUUUCAUGGAGAUAUGCAUAGCAACUAUGCCAAGUUUCAUGGAGAUAUGAUGCAUAGCAACUAUGCCAAAUUUCAUGGAGAUAUGCAUAGCAACUAUGCCAAGUUUCAUGGAGAUAUGCAUAGCAACUAUUCAACUAUGCCAAGUUUCAUGGAGAUAUACAUAGCAACUAUGCCAAGUUUCAUGGAGAUAUACAUAGCAACUAUGCCAAGUUUUGUGGAGAAAUGGAUGUUGGGCGAAGAAACACGCAAAGCAAAGGAGACUGAGCGGAUGCAACAAGCGGUGAUAAAUAUGGAGUUCAGCAUCAGCAGUGUAAGUGAGGCUGAAACAAGUAGUGACGCUGAUGAGGACUCUGAUCGACAACAGACAGGCUCCUAGUCAACUAAAGCAAAAGUACAGGUAUAGGACUUGCAUUAGACAGAACGAAAGUCAGUGACAAGAAUGUAGCAUACAUCAUUUAAGCAGAAUCAGUUGGACAUUGUCAAAUGUGGGGUCCGUUUCGCAUUCUUUGACUCUACAAAGGCAGCCAUGGAUACAGAGCUUGACAUCAAAACAUCAGAUCAUCCUUGACACAUUGCCUUCCACCCCAUACUGUCUGAGAAACAGCUGUAUGGCAACAUACCAGGCAACUGUUCACAGCAUUUUAUAUACAACAAACUUUCCUCAUCAACAAUCCAUAGACACAGAGCAGAGACAAUGACUACAUUGUAGACCAGGCCUGCACGGCAUACGGGCCGCGCCCGCCAGCACCCACUUGGCGGCCAGCGAAGUAACGAAAUAUUCUUUAUUUUUAAUAUUUUUAUAAUAGCUUCCCCCUGGUCCUAUUUUCUUUUGGCCCGCACAAGUUUUUCAUAAAGUAUUUCGGCCGCCUUAAAUUUUGAGUUGUGCUGGCCUGUUGUAAACCAACGAAAGGUGAGGCGUUUGAAAGUGUAGCACGAUGUUGCCAAGAGAGCGCUGGCCUUGAUUCAUGCAUCCGAUGGAGUCCUGGCAAAUCAAGAGGAACAGAAAAAAUACUCACUUUAGCUCAUAGAGACACACUGCCAUGACUUCUAAAAAGCCAACAAGUCAGCCUUUACUGCAGUCCGUGUGCAAACAUCUACAUUGGCAGACAAAUAAUUGACAUUGUGACUUUUUCAGUUACUGUUUGAGUUAAACUGAUUUUGUGAAGGAUAUAUAAUUACUUUCUGAAGUAACUUUUAACAGCUACAGGUCAUGUCUCCUUUUUUUUAAAUAUUAUUUUAGAAGACAUUUUUACAGUGAAUUUUUAUGUUAAAGAUAAUACUGGAUAAUAUCAUAUAUUGCGAAACUUUGUCAGUGUAAAUAUAAUUACAAUCUGUCAAAAUUUUGUAAGCUUUUUUCUUUUCACAUUAUGAACAAACUCGAGGUGUGGGAGGAUGAAAAUUAUUUGUGAAUGGCGGCACCCUGAUAUUUACAAAUAUAUAAUAAUAAUAAUAAUAAUGAGGUCUUAAAUAGCGCUGUACCCCAGCUGGGCUCACCGCGCUGUACAUAAAAAUUUUAUCAAAACAGACAUAAUCAUGACAUUAAAAUAAAAUACAUUUAUGAAAUAAAGAACAGCAAUGUAUAUUCACCCACCCCACCACAUAACUUUUACAAAGCAAACCAUGCACGGCAGCCAGCAAGAUCAUUUAUCGGUCAGAGGAGGGGAAUCAGUCAGGGUAGUAUAAUUUAAAAAGAUAUGUACUUCAUACUGUCCUGCAAAUUUCCAUAUAUUUCACCAACAAUUUAAAAAAAAAAAAUUCUUGAACAGGUAAUGGGGAAUCAGUCAAAAAGAAAAUUCCAGUGAAUAUAAAGGAGUUCUUCGAUUUUGAUAACGAGGACUCAGCAGAUGAAGGUCAUGGAGAGCUCAGUGUGCAGUGCAGCCCUGUCAGAGUGUCCAGUAGCCUGCGCUCCGUACAAGAGAAAUCUGGUAACUCUUUUGUAUUUAUUUCAGACAUAAAAAAAAUACUUUGAUUGAGGUUUUUUUUCAAUUUAAAAAAAAACCCCCAAAAAUUGAUGUUGCGGCAGUCAUGGUUUAAAGUAGUCUAUUUAGGAUGAUUAUAGUUGAACAAUGCUGACAUGAAAUCUAGCCAAAUUGAAAUUGUCACCAAUAUCAUAGAUAUAUAUAUAAAAUAACAUCCUGUCUGCUUCCACAUCUUCAGACCCAGGAUUGUCAGAGCCAAGAUUAUUUCCAUCAGUAAAGCCCUGGCUUUUAAUCAUGCUAAUCAAAAAAAUUAAGAUCUGCCAUUUCAUAAUUAUGUGUACCUGAAUCUUUUCAGUAUUAGCCAAGUUUAAAGUUCAAGGACCGCCUGAGUUAAAAAUGAAGAACUCAUCAGCAGGACAGAAGCAACUGCUUCUGCUUUCUGGUAGAUAUUUUAUUCACAAAAUUUGCAGAUGUAUUUUUAAAAUAAUGGAAUUGUAAAUAAUUUUUUAAAUCUCUAAACUCAUAUAUGAAAUGAUUUACAGAAGUUAACACAAAAAAAACAUUUUUUUUUUUUUAGAAUUGAUGCAGUAUUAAAAAAUACACUCAAAGAUUGCUACAAUUAUUUAAAACAAUACAUUUCCAUAAAAUAUAUUAGAAAAGUAAAUUAUUUUUACAGUAAUUGUUAUAUUCUAAUUUUAAAAAGAAAAAAAAUAGAUCCUCUUUUCUGUAACUUUACAAAAGCUCAUGCCAGACAUAUAGUAAUGUGCAUUGCUCAUAUUUAACAGUCAGUAACAAGACAGACAAGCAAAUGGUGUUAAAAAGUAUACAGCUACUGUCCAGUUCUAGUCCAGUACAUGAAGUUGGCAUGUGUGGUGAUGAUAGGUAGGACCAACGAUCAUAUGUUAAUGCUCUGCUAAUGAUGUCAUUUAUAUAUUGCAUCUAUCCAUAAUUAGCUUCUAAGCUUUGUUAAUGGUAUCAUGUAUAUAAAGCAUAAUAAUAAUAAAGUUUAUUUCAAAAACCUGCUUCAUCCCCAAAGGCUCGAAGCGCGGUACAAUGUCAAAAAAAAACAACAACUAUACCACAUUUAAAACAAACGCAACACUACAAAACUAAUUACAAGCAUACCAAGUCAAAGUCUUUCUACCCAUGUAUUGCUAAUAAGCUCUGUUAAUGAUAUCAUUUAUAUAUAACAUCUAUUCAUGUAUUGCUACUGACCUCUUCUAAUAUCAUUUACAAAUUGCAUCUAUCCAUGUAUUGUUAUUAAUUAAAGAUACUAAUGUCCUUUAACCUACCAGUCUAUCCAUCUUUUUAAAAUGCCAGUCGCUCUUCAGCCAAGUGGGAGAGCUGCCACCAACUAAUAAACUUAGAAUUUCCCAAACGUACACAUGCAUUUCCCGUUAUACUGUGCCCAC